UCGUCGAGGUGCGUUUAACUUGCUGGAGGCGGGAACGGGAGGUGAGAAAUGCGGGCGCCGUGUUCAAAGGAACCCCGCUGCUGUGUUUGUCUUCACUGUCAACAACGGUCCUCCUGCUGCUCUCGGCUUAUUUAACGGCGCUGCACCGGGGAAAUCACUGGGACUAUGUGAGCAUCAUGCUCGCCGUGAGAUGCCUGCUGUUCGCUGCAGCGUGUGCGCGGUGCGCCGUGACAGGUCUGGAGGGAAGGCAGCCUCCUGCAGGAGAGGUCGUUCAGCCCAAGCGGCUCCUGCAGCAGAUCCACUCCCAAGAGGAGCUGCUCCACAGCCAACUGGACACCCGGGUCAAGAACUACACAGCAGGAGUGCAUCCGGUCCAUCUCGCCCAGAGCAGCUUUCUGGUGGAGGCGUUCGGCACAUCCUUCAUGCUUGACCUGGAACUCAACCACAAUCUCCUGUCUACAGACUAUGUGGAGCGUCACUAUGGUGAAGAUGGGCAGCCAUCACAGAACAUGGGGGGAGAGCACUGCUACUACCACGGGCGAGUACGGGGGCUGCCCGGCUCCUGGGCUGCUCUGUCCACCUGCCACGGCCUGCGGGGGAUGUUCUCUGACGGGAACUUCUCAUAUGAGAUUGAACCUGUUGGGAGCGGAGAGGAGCACAAUGACCACAUUGUGUAUCGUAUGCCGGACAUUGUCCUCUUCCCACCAGGAUUCUCCAUGAACAGCACAGAGCCUGAGGGGCAGCCAGAUGGCCACAGAGAAGGCGACGGAGAGCUGAAGGAUGGAGACGACUGGUCUGAAGAAGAGAUGCCUGUCCUCACGGAAGGACUGAGACGCUCAAAAAGACAAGUGCGGCGAGGCCAGCGCACCGUCCAGACUGAGACCAAGUACAUCGAGUUGAUGGUGGUCAAUGACCAUGAGCUGUUUGUGCAGCUCCGUCGUUCGACUACUCAGACAAAGAACUUUGCCAAAGCAGUGGUGAAUAUGGCCGAUGCGAUCUACAAGGAGCAACUCAACACUCGCAUCGUCCUAGUGUCCAUGGAAACCUGGUCGUCUGAAAACAGGGUCUCCGUGGGCGACGACGCCUUGCUCACCCUGCGUGACUUCAUGAAGUACAGGAAGGAGAGCAUCAAGGAGCGCUGCGACGCCGUGCACCUCUUCUCGGGCAGGACAUUCAUGAGCAGCCGUAGUGAGGCGGCGUACAUCGGGGGCAUCUGCUCUCUCACCAGGGGUGGAGGCAUCAAUGAGUUCGGCAGUGUGGGCCCCAUGGCCAUCACACUGUGUCAGAGUCUCGGCCAGAACAUCGGCAUGCUGAGGAACAAGGAGCGACCAGCAGCAGGAGACUGUAGGUGUCCAGAUCCAUGGCUGGGCUGUAUAAUGGAGGAUACAGGCUACUACCUGCCUCGGAAGUUUUCUCGCUGCAGUAUAGACGAGUACCUGCGCUUCCUCCAGCAGGGAGGAGGCAGCUGCCUCUUCAACAAGCCCAGCAAGCUGUUAGACCCACCAGAGUGUGGCAAUGGAUAUGUAGAGCUGGGAGAAGAAUGUGACUGUGGAUCACUAGUGGAGUGUGCUCGGAGUGGAGCCAACUGCUGUAAGAAGUGUACGCUUACCCACAAUGCCAUGUGCAGCAACGGGCUCUGCUGCAAGGACUGCAAGUACGAGCUGAGAGGGGUGAUGUGCCGCGAUGCCGUCAACGACUGCGACAUUCCCGAGACCUGCACAGGAGACUCCAGCCAGUGUCCUCACAAUGUCCACAAACUGGAUGGCUACAUGUGUGAUGCAGGCCAGGGCCGUUGUUACGGAGGUCGCUGUAAGACCAGAGAUGGCCAGUGCAGGACUCUGUGGGGCUACAACUCAGCUGACAGGUUCUGCUAUGAGAAGCUGAACUCUGAGGGCACAGAGAAAGGAAACUGUGGCCCAGACUCCAGUGGUCAGGGUUGGGUGCAGUGCAACAAGCAAGACGUUCUGUGUGGUUUGCUGCUGUGCACCAAUCUGACAGCUAAACCCAGGUUUGGCGAGCUGCAGGGGAAGCUCACCAGUCUGACCAUCCACCAUCAGAACAGAUACCUGGACUGCAGGGGAGGCCACGCAGUGCUGGAUGACGGUUUGGAUCUGGGCUACGUGGAGGACGGGACGCCAUGUGGGCCAAACAUGAUGUGUUUGGAGCGCCGCUGCCUCCCUGUCCCCACGUUCAACCUCAGCACCUGCCCGGGCUCCUCGUCCUCACGUAUCUGCUCCCACCACGGGACAUGCAGUAACGAGGUGAAGUGUAUCUGUGAUCCAGACUAUACCGGGAAGGACUGUAGCGUGUUCGACCCGAUCCCCAUCCCCACCCCGCCUGAUGGCCCAGAAAAAUACAGAGGUCCCAGUGGUACCAAUAUCAUAAUAGGUUCGGUUGCUGGUGCAAUUCUGCUGGCAGCGAUAGUCCUGGGGGGAACUGGAUGGGGAUUUAAAAACAUCCGAAGAGGAAGAUCUGCAGGAGUUUGAGUUGUAUCUCUCUGCUGUCCUGUCUUCCUUACACUGUGUCCAGUCCACUCUGAGGAGACAAAACAAAGAUGUCUUCCGCCUACGAGCCAUCAUACUUUUUACUUUCCCUUUUCUGACUUGACUGAUGCUGACUUCAUCUGUAUUUUCUCCCUCUGGA